AUGGAUUUAAGAGUGGGCAAAAAAUAUCGCAUUGGUCGUAAAAUUGGAUCGGGUUCUUUUGGUGACAUAUAUCUUGGAACAAACAUUAUAUCGGGUGAAGAGGUAGCCAUCAAGUUGGAAAACACUAAAGCUAAACAUCCCCAAUUGGAAUAUGAGGCUAAAGUUUAUAAAGCAUUGAGUGGUGGAGUUGGUAUACCCUUUGUUAGAUGGUAUGGUACUGAGUGCGACUACAACGCCAUGGUUAUUGACUUGUUGGGUCCUUCAUUGGAGGAUUUAUUUAAUUAUUGUAAUCGAAAAUUCACUUACAAGACUGUUUUACUUUUGGCUGAUCAAUUAAUUUGUCGUAUUGAAUAUAUACAUGCUAGAUGUUUUAUUCAUCGUGAUAUCAAACCCGAUAACUUUUUGAUGGGUAUUGGGAGAAGAGGGUCGCAGGUAAAUGUUAUUGAUUUUGGAUUGGCUAAGAAGUAUCGUGAUCCAAGAACUCAUUUACAUAUCCCAUAUCGUGAAAAUAAGAAUUUAACUGGUACUGCAAGAUAUGCCAGUGUCAAUACGCAUUUAGGAAUUGAACAAAGUAGAAGAGAUGAUUUGGAGAGUUUGGGUUAUGUUUUGAUUUAUUUCUGUCGUGGUUCAUUACCUUGGCAAGGUUUAAAAGCAGCAACAAAGAGACAAAAAUAUGACCGUAUUAUGGAGAAGAAAAUGACUACGCCAAAUAAUAUCUUGUGCAAAGGGUUACCUAGUGAAUUUUUGGAUUAUAUGAAUUAUAUUAAAACUUUAAGAUUUGAUGAUAAGCCAGAUUAUGCUUAUUUAAGGAAGUUGUUUAGGGAUUUGUUCAAGAAGGAGAAUUAUCGAUAUGAUUAUGUUUUUGAUUGGACAUUGUAUAAAUUCCAAUUGGAGAAACAAAGAGCUCAAGGUAAAGUCGCUGAUGGAGAUAAUAACCAAGAGAAUAACGAUCAACAACAACAACAACAACAACAACAGCAACAACAGCAACCACCGCAGCAGAAUCAACAAAAUCAAACACAGCAGCAGCAAGAUGUACAAGACCUACAACAACAACAACAACUCCAGGAUUCUCAACAACAGCAAAAACAUUUUGCCGACCCCCGUUAUCAAAACCAAAAGGCAAUGUACACACCAAACCAAAAUUAUCAUGCUAAUUCGCAAAAAGUACCACCACCACAACCGCAAGCAAACACUGGCAAUCCAGCAUGGCUUUGA